AUGUCUACAGAAUAUAUACAACAGGAUCUUAUAGAUCAAUUGUUGCGAGAAAAUGACGAUACUUUCAUGGCUUUGCCGGAUAUUGGAUUAGAGCCUCAUCUUUUAAUUUCAAAGGUCCGUAAACAUUACAUGGAAUAUGUAAUAAAACUUUUAUCAACAAAUUAUGAAACGAAUCAAAAACUUGUCAACAAGAACAUUUAUUUACCAAGUGCUAUUUGGAGAUGUGCAAAAAUUAUAGAAACUAAAGCAGCACAAUCAUGUAUGGUGAUACAAUUGUAUAGGAAAAACAUAAUUGCUGUGGUCAAUGAAUUAAAGAAUGAUACUAAAAAAGGCAAAUUAAACAGAAAGUUAUAUGAAUGUUUAAAUAAACAACCACCAAAUGACAAAAAAACACAAACAGCCUGUAACACUAUAAAAGAAAACAACUGCCAAUGUGGACUGAACAAGAGGAAAAGGAAAAACAUUACCUCAAUGUCACCAAAGCCUGCUUUGAAUGAAACCUACCCAGACUUACUAGCUAUUACUGACAAUUCCAAUGGUCAUAAUGACAAUUACUGUGCACCACUUUCAAUAAAUACUUCUUGUUCGUCAUCGAUACCAAAAAAUGAAGCAUUACCAGUGGCACAAAUAAUCAACCAGCCUAAUACUACUACAACUAUUACUACACCACCACAACUAAACUAUCAAGCAUCUGUUGAAUCAGACCCUGAUGAGUUAAUGAUGCAAUUAGAAAAACUAUUUCAAGGUGAUCAAAAUGAUGAUGACAUAUUUGAAGGUGCAUUAUGUGAUAAAUUAGAUACUACCCUUGAUGAUCACACAAAAAAAGUUACAAAUAUUAUAAUGGAAACAAGUAAAAUUAAUGCUACCCAUGAUGCUGUGAUUGAAAAUCAUGCAGCUCAAAUAAAAUCUCUUGAUGAGAGACUAGCAUCGUUAACAGGCCUUCUAGUCCCUAGUGGUGAUACUACAGUUCAAACCCAGAAGCCAGAGAACCAGAAACCAAAAAAAAGUAGUUCAAGCAAGUGGCUAUGUGAGGAAUAUUUUUUAAAGCAAAAAUUAUAUGAGUUGCUUGACCAAAUUGGUGAUAAUAAUAGAAAACAUCUUGAAAAGAUCAAAGAGAAGUUUAUCUAUUAUUUUGGAUAUGACAGUGAUGAUGAAGGAAUUAUUUCUCCUUUAGAGGAAACACCUGAAUUUAUUGUGAGUUGCAAGGAGCGCAUAGCUCCCUGGGUUGUGAAGAUACUUACACCUUACUACAUUAAAGGGCACAUUAAGGGCAAAGGAGUGUUUAAAAGUUUAGCUAAGCAUUUGAUCAGGCUUAUAUACCAAUGUAGCAAAUACCCAGAGGAGUAUGAAGUAUGCAGUUUUGUUUCGGAUUUCUUAAAGAACCACAGAACGAUAAGAUGUGAAGCAGAUUUCAGAGAGUUUAGAAUUGAAAACAUCUGA